AUAUUUGCCGAUAAACAGAAAUAACAGCUUACAUAUUCAUACCUACAAGUAUCCUUCUUUUCCUUUUAUAGGACCCUCGAUCUCUUCACUCCGCCUUCGCUCUCUGUCUCUUAUCUGCCUGCAAUUGUAGGAAUUGUGCGUGUGUGGCCAUGGAGGUUAGAGCUGUAUUGUUCUCAAUUCCUUUUGGACUGACCUUUCUUCUCUUUGGUCUAGCUAUUAAUCUUAUCCAGGCGAUUUGCUUCCUCACCAUUCGGCCUUUGUCGAAGAGUGCGUUUAGACAGAUCAAUGGAGCAGUUGCAUCAUUCUUAUGGUUGGAUCUCAUUUGGCUCAUGGAGUGGUGGGGAGGCCUUAAGGUUAAGUUGUACACAGAUUUGGAAACUUAUCGACUAAUGGGUAAGGAGCAUGCGUUGCUCAUGCCAAACCACAUCUGUGAUGCUGAUAUACUGAUGGGGUUGCUUUUAGCUAAUCGCUCGGGUUGCCUUCGUAGUGCGCUUAUGGUUGUCAAGAAAUCUUCAAAAUACCUUCCUGUUUUUGGGUGGACUUCUUGGUUCCUAGAGUUCGUUUUCCUCGAUAGAAGCUGGGAAAAAGAUGAAAGCAACCUAAAGGCAAGUUUACAGAGGUUAAAGGAUUUUACCAUGCCUUUUUGGCUUACCAUUUUUGCGGAAGGAACACGCAUGAGUCCAGACAAGCUUUCUGCAGCUCGAGAGUUUGCUGCUUCUAGAAAAUUGCCUAUCCCUAGAAAUGUCAUGAUUCCUAGGACUAAGGGUUUUGUUACAGCAGUAAAAAAUUUGCGCUCGUUUGUCCCUGCAAUCUAUGAUGUUACUCUCGCUGUUCCGGAAGGACAUUCUACUCCUUCACUAUAUAUGCUAAUGGAGAGGCAACAUACAGUGGUCAAUGUACAUGUAAAGCGAUACUCAAUGACUGAAUUGCCAGAAUCAGACGAGGGCAUUGCCCAAUGGUGCAGAGAUAGAUUUGUGGCCAAGGAUUCCUUGUUGGACAAGUUUAAAGCUGAGGGUACCUUUCCCGGCCAAGAAAUUCAUGACACUGGUCGAUCUAUUAAGGCAUUGCUCGCGUAUACGAGCAGUUUUUGUACACUCUGCCUUGCGAUUUUCGAGCUGUUCCAAAAGUUCUCUCUUUUAUACACAUGGGGAGGGGUGGGCUUGUUAACAGCUUCUUUUCUUACCAUUAUGCUCAUCAUCCAUAUUUUCAUCGAAUACACAAAGUUGCCGAAACAAAACGGAGUUAAGACCACUCCAUCACGAAAAGGUCAAGCUAAAGAGGAGUAGUACCAUGCUGCAGCUUUUGUCAAAUUGAUGCAGACAUAGAGUUGAAGUUUUUAAUGAUUUUUAUUGUGAGAAAUGAUCAAUUUACAAUGUGACCCGAGUAAUUCAAUAAAUGGGGUAUGUUUCA